AUUUAGCGUACUUACCCCACUUGCCACAACAGACAGCCAAAUUUCCCAUCACCGUACUCUUCCUCCUUUCUUCCCCUUCUUCAUGAACUAAGCUACACACUCUCUCUCACUGACACUCUCACAUACCUCCCCCACCCCAUCCGCAGUACGCACUCUUGAUUUUCCGUCUUUCUCUUUCUUCAAUCUUCCCGCUGCUUCCUACAACGACCAUCGUCGUCAACUGAAAACUGCAACAGUUUGUAGUUGUAGUAGUGGUAACCAUUCCCUCACACCCCCUUCACGGAAGCAUAGUUUCUUUCUCUCUUACUAGACACUCGCAUACAGUGCACGACGGAUCGACGACGACUAUCGCCAAUAACUACAACUACAACAGCAACGACUGCGACAACAACAAUAGCGAGGGCUAAAAGAAAACAAUGACCGACGAAACGCGACCACCUACAAAGCAGCCGUCUUCUCUCAAACUGCGAAGCGUGCCUAUUCCUCAGCCAUUAUUGCUAAAGCGACGUACCAGCCGAACAUCGCUGUCGUCAUGCGACGAUGAAUCCUCCAUCACCACUGCCGCCACAGCUGCUAGCUUGCAUUCGCCAUCGCUGACAGCAGCUACUACGAAUUCAUUGUCAAUGACUCCCGCACGUCAUAAUUCGUCAUUCGCACAACUACCACCUACUGCUGUUACUACGAGUAGUAGCGACCGUAACAGAAGCAACAAUAUCAACAACAGCAACAUAAAGGAUUCGUCGUUGGAAGAUUCUAAUAAUAACGACAACGAUGACAGUUAUAUAUCGCCGUCGUCUAUUCCUAUUCAGCAACAUGCCGCCGUUUCUGCUGCCGGUACUGGUACCUUCGCCAUGCGCUCGUCGCCCGUGAGCAGCAGCAGCAAUAGUAGUGGUAGCAACAACGCCAACAAGCAAACAUCGCCGAGGUAUGCGAGCCCGCCUGCGGGUAGUGGAGGUCGCUAUAUGUUAAAGUCAACAACAUCCAAGCGUGCAAGUUGGUUUGAUACGCGUGCUGCUUCGCCAUCCUCGAAUGAAUCUCCCAGCAUGCCUUCCACGCCUGUCAGUUUACCGGAAAAUGUCCGCAGUCGAAUGAUGCCAUCACCCCAUUAUCGUUCAAUGCACAAGUCAGGCUCGUCAUCCAAGUUGCGUGGCAGUGGUCCUGAAGAAGCCACGACUGGGCAAGAAGAAAGCAAUCAUAGCCUUGUCGUCGAUGGAUGGUUUUCUUCCAUGUCUCCAGUCACUAGCUUUUCCUCUUCGUCAUCUUCCUCAAGACAACCGCAACAGACCAACUCUGCAUCCGUCGCCACACGCGUUCGCACACCGUCGAUUUCGUCGGUUUUGACGGACAGUACCGACGACUGCUGCUAUUUGUUUUCGUCAUCGCCGUAUUUUUAUCAACCCUUGCAGUUACCAAGCAGCCCUCCGUCGUCGUCGUCAACCUCCAAAGGCAAAGAAUCUGUUCGAGCAUCCUCUACAUCGUCUUCUGGGUCUCCCAUGGUUGCACGGGCAGCUUCGUCGAGUGAAAGCUGCACUAGCGGCACAUGCCGACGCAGGUCGUCCACUUUCAGCUCGAAAUCCAAUGUCCAUAGCAGCAAUAACAACAGUGACCUCCAUUCCUUCGACUCAUCGCAGCAACAACAACAACAACAACAACAGCAGCAGCAGCAGCAGCAUCACCCGCCACUUGCACCAAGUCCAACGAUCUGGCAUACUAGAUCUCGGAGUCUUGCAACAAGUAGUGUCAAUAGCGGUGGCAGUUAUCAUGCAGAUCACAGCAACAAAAUACCCGCCUACCAGCUGUCGCUUCAUUCCCUCAUGCAACGGCAAUUCUCGAAUAGCAGUCAAGAAGGAAGUAAAGAUCCUGAUGCAGACAAGGACGUCGACGAAAUGAAUUUGGAUUCUGGCGCUUCUUCUUCCUCCACUGCUGCCGCCGGUUCAACUUCGGCUGCUAUUCCCAGAACCGCUACCACUGCUACAACAUCUUCCUUUAAAGCACCUUUGCAUUUAUCAUCGUCAUCAUCGACAACAAUCGCACCAGCACCAGAUAAGUUGGAGCUCUACGACAGUAGCAAUAAUGGGUUUAGCGGCGAAGUUUUGUACCCUGCGCUUCUGCUAAGAUCCACUACUGCUGGUGGUGGCAAUUGUGUCGGCAGCAAUUACUACAAAGAGUUCACACUUGAUCCCAUGGAGCGCAGUGCAACAGACCUGGCCACAACAGCUGCCGGCUCAAGGAACACCGAUAUGAUGUUUUUUGAAGAGGUGGAAGAACAAGUGUAUGCCAAACGAUUGUACAUGUCUCGGCUAAGCAAAGUACGGCGUUGGAUGCCCGGGCGUGACUACAACAACAAUAUCAAGGAACGCUUGGACAGUAUACCGUGGGUAGAUUGGUUAGCGGAGCACCGUCUAGCCGGACAUACGCAAUUGAUUCGUCAUAGCGUGCAACCAUGGUGGCGUAACGUUAAUUCAAACCUGACCUUUUUCACCUCUACCUCGUCUUCCUCAAAUCACUAUCCGGAUCAACAAUCACAACACCAGCAACACCAGCAGCAGCAGCAGCACCCACUACAGCAACAGCGCAAAUCAACUUCUUCAGCAUCAGGUGCUGAAUUUAAACGUUUGCCCAAACUGUUAGAAGAACAGCCAAGUCAUAGAAAAAAACGUAGCCUCUCUGUUGAUGUUACGGAUUUGGCACGUCGAUUAACGUUGUUGACUGGCAUCAAAGAUGAGCGGACUCCGUCAACUUCCUCUUCCGCAUCAGCCGCCAAUGUUACUGUCGGGUCACCAUUGAGACAAUGCUUCCGUCCAGCCCGAGAAUCGUCUUUUGAGAAUUUCCAUCAUCAACAUCAUCAUCCACCACUUCAUCCGUACGCUACGGAUUACAGAAUGAAUGCGACGCAGGUGCUACAAUCUAAUAAUUCCAUUGACGAUCACCCGUAUAGUAGUGUCAGCACUACGGGUUGCAGUACAACAGAGGAAAAAAUGCCAGCAAGAAUUCGACGCAAAAUCAAGUCGCAUCUGCAGUGUAUUAAGUAUACAUGUGAGAACGAGUUGCAACAAGUCAUAAACAGUUUGAAUGACUAUGUUGAGAGGGGUUUGCGAUAUGGCGACGCCGACCAGGCACAACAACAGCACUUAUCAACAUCAUCGGCAGCAACAACAACAUUGGCCAGCUUCAGUAGACAACAACGAGAAGCAGAAAAUGAUGAGGAGGAUGCGGAUUAUACUGAUUUGGUCCAAACGGUGCUUGGCAUGCCAGCUUCUGCAAUAGAACCUCAAGGAGACGACGAAAAAGAAGGACAGUCAGCUGCCAUGAUCUCCGAAGACACAUUCAUGCCGACUCCUUUCAUCUUGACCCUGCAGGAGCUGAUUGAACUUGCGCAGAAGCUUCUUGACACGCCGCUGGAUGUGUUUUUGAACGACACAAACAAAUACACAGUUCUUGUCAGUGAUAUCCAAGGUAUCGGCUUCGAAUGGGAGCAGCAUCCAGAGUGGCCUUGCCGCGAUCAAUAUGUUCGACUGCUGCUUAACGUUGCUGCAUUUAACCGAGCGGUCGAAUGGUGGGAAGCUGAACGAAGUCUCUGGGCAGCAGCUGAAGUAGACGACGAGGAAGAAGAAGACGACAACGACGAUGAUGCCAUCGACAGUUUUGGCCAAGACGAGCUUGAUUACACCCCGCAGCAAAGAAUCGAUGAAGAACGAUUGUCGCAAUGCACAUCAGCGUCCGAUACCGAGAGCUUGCCUCAGUAUGAUCUUGGCGACCAUGCAAAGGAUCACGUGCAGCAGCUGCAAGAAGCAGCCGAUCGUGGUCAGCGACAAACGGUUGUCAUGGAGCUCGAUUUGAGCACAGCUACUAUACAAUAUCUGAGUCCGGUAUGGCGAGAUGUUACUGGGUUAAGCACAGACACUGUAGUUGGCACCAAGAUAUCAGAUCUAUUGGCUCAAGAAGACUGUCGCGUAUUCAACAUUGCUACGGACGAGCUCGUAUCGGAUGAUUCCAAAACCGUCGAGAUUCAGUUCACAGUCAUCAAGAACAAAGAUGAGAAGAUUGAAAUGGAAGCCAAAGGCAUGCUCAUGUACGAUCGCGUUACAGACGAGCCUAGCCACACAAUGUGGGUGAUGAAACAAAUGCAAACACGCUGGUCCCUGAUCGAUCAAGCAACCGCCGCAGUAGCAGCAGCGAACAUGCUGACACCCAAAGUGAUGCGCUCCACAUUCACAGCGGCGGCCGCGAUGUCUCAAAGUGAAUCGUCUCUCAGUUUAACGCCAACCGAGGAGCGAGUACUUGACGAACUUGACAAAAGCGAGCCAAUUGCACGCAAUCGAUCGCGUUCGGAACCUGCUGCCGAGAUCAUGCACGGGGCUAUGCGUAAGAUCAGCAGAACCCAUAGCAGCAGCGAUAGCGAUGAUUUGGAUGCCGACGAAGUUGAACUCGAGAAUGACGACCAUACCAUGCGGCGCGCCAUAUCACAAGGUGGUGCUCCUACUUCAGAAAGCUUGAUACCUUCACCAUCCAGUUUUUUGUCCUUACCGCCAGUUCUCUGUCGUGUCUGUGAACGAUGGGUUGUUGCUGCAUUUUUCGAGCAGCAUUCAGUACUAUGUGUAGAAAUACAUCGAACAGAGAUGGACAUCAUGAUCUGCGAUGAUAACUUGCACGAAGCAAAGCAUCAUAUUCAGCAAUUAUCGGAUGAGGUUAGUCGCACACCCUUGGGCCAGCACCAGCAAUCAACAGCUCCAUCUUUGUUGUCAGCGCAUCAUGUUAUGCUUGACGACGAUGAUUUAUACGGAAGUGAUUGUUUGCCAGUAGAAGAGGAAGUACGCGACCCGAAUGAAAUUCAGCAAUGCGAACUAGAAAUAUAUAGCGACCUGAUCGAGAUUAUAAACGUGGCAUUAUCUAUCUCUGGAAGCGAUGAAGGUGAUGCAGAUCGGGACAACAUGGUUCGCAUCAUAUACUGGCGAGUGCCUCAAGCGGAUGAUCCAAGCACCAUGUCUUUGAUACGCGACGUGGAGGCAUUGGUCAAAGGCAAGCUCGAUGCAGUUAACCGGAUGAAAGACCGUUUGCAAUACAAUGAGCGUGUACGGAUCGAGUUUCAAAAGACAAUGCAACAAGAAGCUGGGUGGACAGAGUUCGUGUCUGAGGAAGGAGAAGACUACAAUGCCAAAAACAACAAUGACGAGCAACAACAACAACAGCCAACGUCUCUUCUUUCUUCAUCAUCAAAACAAGCAUUAGUACCAUCAUCUCGGCCUCAACAAGGGCAGCAGCCACAGCCACACCAAAAAAAGUCAUUUCUGGGUAGGCUGAAAAAGACAUUGAAACCGAAGCGAAUGGGCCGACUUACUCAGCGGCAAAGGCGUAAAGCAUCAACAGCAGCACCAAAGUCGGCCUCAAAAGGAUCAGCAUUCUCUUCCACGCCACCCAAGGAUGUAACGUCAGCGCCGGCCAAAAAGAAUAUUCAAGCAUCAGUAGGCUCAAACUCGCCGCGUUGCUCAACAGCUUUGGGUCGAUCACCAACGACACCUUUGCCAGCACCGAUCACACCACGACCGUCAGCGCCAGGAAUCAAGGACUUUGAAAUCGUCAAACCAAUCAGUAAAGGUGCCUUUGGCUCAGUAUUUCUUGCAAAGAAAAGGACCACGGGCGACUACUAUGCGAUCAAGUUCUUGAAAAAGGCAGAUAUGAUUGCAAAGAACCAAGUGACAAAUGUCAAGUCGGAGCGAAUGAUCUUGAUGACCCAGACAGAUAGCCCGUUUGUGACCAAGCUGUAUUAUACGUUUCAAUCGAAAGACUACCUCUACCUGGUGCUCGAGUAUCUCAAUGGCGGUGAUUGUUCGACGCUUAUCAAGGUCCUGGGAAGUCUGCCCGAAGAAUGGGCCCGCACCUAUCUGGCAGAAGUUACUUUGGGUCUAAUGUAUUUGCACAGCAAUAACAUUGUUCAUCGGGAUUUGAAGCCUGAUAACUUGCUGAUCGACCAAAACGGCCAUCUCAAACUGACUGACUUUGGUCUUUCUCGGAUCGGAUUCUUGGAUCGACGUGUGCGAGAUGAAUUGUCAAACGGCAGCGCAGAGUCGUUUGAACACGCGCAGCCUACAUCACCAGCACCUUCUCGAUCCGGUACACCGCCGCCUUUUUGUGAAGACCAACCAUCAUCAUUCAACAAUGGCAUGUAUCGGCCAUCUUAUUUCAACUUGCUUUUCGAUCACGAUCGUCGACGGGGUUCUAUAGCAAGCAGUGCUACAUCAGCUGAAGGCUCAGGGACACCUGUUCUUGAUGGAUUAUACAGCUCAUCCGGAAGAUCCGUGGUCUCUGAUGAUCGUCCUACGACUGGCAGCGGCCGGCACCGUUCCAGCACAGCCUAUUCCAGCAAUUUCAGCGCUACUACCCCGAGCAUAAUGACGCCUGGGUAUAUGCAUCCUGAGCAACUUCGGCGACAAGAACCAGAUGACUGCUCAGCUCCUCGAAAUGCUGUUGGAACACCUGAUUACCUAGCACCAGAAAGUAUUCUGGGCACCGGCCAGGAUUCAAUGGUCGAUUGGUGGGCACUGGGCGUAAUUAGCUACGAAUUUUUGUACGGCUACCCUCCAUUUCAUGCAGAAUCCACAGACAAGGUAUUCGACAACAUUUUGUCCCGACGCAUCGAUUGGCAUGAGGAUGUGGUCACGAUCUCACCUGAAGCACGCGAUUUCAUGGAAAGUCUCAUGAGGCUUGACCCAGAAAAACGACUUGGUAGCCAAGGUUUUGAGCAAGUCAAGAACCAUCCGUUUUUCAAAGAUAUUGAAUGGGACACGCUGUUGACCAAGUCAGCUUCGUUUGUGCCACAGCCAGCUGAUAUUGAGGACACAGACUAUUUUGAUGCACGAGGGGCUACGAUGAUGCUAAUGGAUGACGACGAUCAAGACAGCAAACAGCAAGUUGAGCGAGCCAAAGCCAUUAUCCAGGAGCAAAAUCCCGAGAAAUUGACACCUUUGCCCGGUGAUAACGGCAAAUCAUCGACAGAGAUGGCAUUGGAAUUGUCCGUCUGCCGCGAUGACUUUGGUACCUUUGUGUACAAGAACUUGCCUAUGCUCGAAAAGGCCAACGAGUCUGCUAUCCGCAAGAUCCGUCAGGAUAGCAUUGUUGCUAGUGCAAAGUCUACCACGACUGCUGGUGCUCGAUCGCUACCAAUAUCGAAAAAGAAACAGGUCGCCAAGCGUGGAUCGCUCUUUGAUUUGGAUCUUAGGCAUGCAAUGUCGUUCCCCAAUACUCCACACAGUCUUUCACCGUCUACGUCAACCAAAGUAGUUCCUCGACGAUCCCUUGAACACCACCACCAACAACAACAACAACAUCCGUUAAAAAAGGCUGCUAUGGAAUGGUUACCGACACGCGCAAGAUCUGUUUCGUCGCCGGGGAACCACAAGGCACGGAUCAAUAGCCGGUUCAAAUCUGAGAAUUAUCCCACGCCUCCCGCAGAAGAGCCGUUAACAUUGGUGGUCGCUGAACCGGCACCGCCACAUCCAUUGGAAAUUUCCAGCGGUGCAAUGAGUAACAACCUUGCUACUAGUUUUACUGCUGCUUCUAAUUCCACCACAGUGAGCCUGCCACCUAAACCAAAAAAGACGCUCGAUUGUCUUGUCGCUGACGAUAAUCCUGUCAGCUGUAAAAUUCUCGAAACGAUCCUCCAAAUGCUCGGCUGCCGUUGCGUGAUCGUAAGGAACGGAGCACAGGCAAUCCGGUGUGCCAUGGGGGAUGUACAGUUUGAUAUCAUUUUCAUGGAUAUUCGCAUGCCAAUCAUUGACGGCGACGCAGCGGCACGUAUGAUCAAAUCCACCCACAAUAUCAACCAGGAUACUCCAAUUGUGGCUGUCACUGCAUAUGAGCGCACGGCACAACAAGCUGGCUCGUUUGAUGAUAUCCUUUGCAAACCUAUUAAUCGAGCCAUUGUGUCACAGCAAAUACGUCAGUUCCGCAAACCCUCAUCUUCUUCCCCCAUAUCAGCAUUAGCAAGCAUCAACAGCAGAAGCCUGAAAGGCUGAUGUACUACAUCAUCCAUCCAUUUUUUAAUCAUUAUUAUCCAUCUGCGCAUCAACCACCCACAUUCUCCAUUUCUUCAUUCAUGUACAAAAAUCCCAACAGUAACAAAAAUACCCAAACGCAAAAACGAGAUUUUCCUGGUUUAGAUUUCUUACACAACACACCCACACAGUUACAGUUUUACUCAAGAUGACAUUUUGCAGCACUCAACCACUUUUACCACAGUCCAUUUUUUUAUCGUUUACUAUAAUAAAUAAUCGACAUCAUUCUUGC